AGGACUCCAUUUCCCAUCUUUCCCUGCGGUGAGGUCUGUUGUUGCGAUGCAUUGUGGUCAUUGUAGUUUCCGCUGCAAGCGAGUGAAGAUGUCCGAGGUGCGGCUGCCCCCGGUUCGGGCGCUGGAUGAUUUCCUGCUGGGCUGCACCCGGUUGGCUCCCCCUGACGUGCGAGACCUGCAACAUUGGCAUAACCGGGUCAUCAAUAACCUCCUUUACUACCAGAGCAAUUAUCUGCUGUUGCUGGGCGUGGGACUGUUGCUGGGAGGGUACUUUUGCCCCAUGCUGACUCUGCUGAGCAGUGCCCUCAUCACUCUGAUCUUUGUGGGGUUCGUCUGGGCGGCUGAGAACAAGGCUCCUGUGCGACGCUUUCGGCGGAAUUAUCCUGGCACUUGCCUCCUUGCUAUCCUUGGCUGUGUAUACUUUCUGGUGUCUCUCUUAGAAGGCUCUGCCACCUUCUUGAUUUUCAUCGCCCUGCCCAUAAUGUUGACCCUCAUCCAUGCCUCUCUGCGUCUCCGGAAUCUGAAAAACAAGAUUGAGAACAAAAUAGAGAGCAUUGGACUCAAGCGCACACCCAUGGGGCUGCUCCUGGAAGCUCUCGGGCAGGAACAGGAAGCUGGAUCCUAGACGAUUGCCAUAAUUCUCCCUUUGGAAAUAUGAGAGAGAUUCAUCAAGAUUUCCCAUUAGAGCAAACUGGAGGACGGAGAGCGGAAAGCAAUUUUGAAGAAGAUCUAGUGAAGGCUUCAAAUGCAUGAUAAAGGCUAGCAAUUCAUUAACCCUGUGGGUAUCUCUUAUCUUAUGCAUUGCGUAGAAGGGGACACUCCAAAGUUCAGGGAGUAGACAAGGAGCUAUGUUGCAACCUAUACAUUCAGCGACAACGGAAGAAAAUCCACCUUAGGUUAACUCCCAUUUUGUGACUACAACAGCCUUGCCCAACCAUUUCCAGAGACCAAUCUGGCACAGUUCAAAUCAUUGCCUUCCAGUGUCCUCCCUGUUCAAAACUUCAAAGAAUGGACCAAAUGGAAUUUAGUGUACAGUUCUGAGUUGAGUCAGAGAUGCACCUGAGGGGUAGGAUGUUUAAUAAAUGAAGGAGCUAAGAGAUUCUAGAAGCAUUGCCAAAAAUUAAUAACUGUCCAAGCGGUUCCAUGUAUCCCUCCAUUUCUUAUAUAUGCAGCUAGUAUUUAUUCGGACAUGGAGGAAAUCAGUGUCAAAAUCCUCUGUACUACUUCUUGCUAAAAAAAACAGAAAAGUUAUUGGUUGACAAAAGGAACUUGAUCUCUAAGGCUUUUAAGGGGAGAAGACCUCCCCUGUACCCCUUGAUUUUUGUGGGAUGUGUAUGAGGGAGGAAGGAAGGAGCAAACAGAACCACACACUCAUUACUGACUUAGGGCAGGCACCGUUAAUUGUCCCUCCUCUGACUCUUGCUUGCCUUAGAGGACCCUCAACCCCAGCAGUGGCCUCCUUCUGCCAGAGGACCCUUAAAAACUUCAUUUGUGUUACAGAAUAUGUGUAGGAGCAGGAAUCCACUACUGAGGGAGUGCUUUGGGAUUCUUGCCAUAAGCCCCGUGUGGGCCCACUUGCUAAUAGUAUUCAUACAGCACUUGACAGUGUUCAAAGAUCUUAACAUCAGGUGGGGGGAGCCUGCAGCCCUCCAAAUGUUGUUGGACUAUCCCCAAUACCAUUUCCCGUGCUGGCUGGGGCUGAUGUUGGCAUUUGUUUAUUACAUUUAUAUCCUACCUUUCGUACAUGGUGCCCAAGGUGACGUACAAACAUGGUUCUCCCCCUCUCCAUUUUAUCCUCACAACACCCCUGUGAGGUAGGUUAGGCGAGAGACUGUGACUGGCCCAAGGUCACCCAGUGAAACUUGUGGCUGACAACAUCUGGAAGGCCACAAGUUCCCUCUCCCUGACUUGCAUUAUCUAAGUAAUCCUUCCAGCAGCCUGAAAUAUAGGAAACGUGUGUGUGUGUGUGUGUGAGGACCCAUAUGGAGGUAUGCAGAGAGGUCAGUCUGGAGAGAUGGGGGUGUCUGUCAGUGAUAAUCUUCUUCUAACCUUGCAGAUCAUUGGGGAUAGGCUUGGAAUGAUUCAUCUUCCCCUCUGUCUGUCAGUAGUAUAGGUGUGAAAGCUUUAUCUCUGCUGUAGAGAAUGUCUCGUUUAAGCACUAACCUUGAUCAGGAGAGGGUGGGGAUGGCCAAAACGAAGACACCCUCCCCUCCCCAAGCUGUGGAGGUGAAGAGGCUGAGCCCACCCUUCUCCUCUGAAACGUAACAUGGGAGGAGGCCAGGUGGAAACAAAAAAAGAGGACAGGGCUCCUAACACUUUUAAAUAGAAGGGGGGAUUGCAUGACGAAGUACACUUGCUGAAAUUCCCUCUUCUACACAAUGAUUAAAAGUGCAGGAGCACAGCCCCCCGCCCCGUGCCAUUGGCCACCUUAACUCAAGGAGCAUGUCUCCCAUCCCAUGCUUCCUUUGGAGUGGAAAGAAAGGCUCUAUUUCUUUUUGCUCCCAAGGUUACCAGUGGAGAGGAGGGAUAUCUCCCUACUGGUCACCCCUCCCUCCCCGACCUGUGUUCUACCUCCACGGUCAGAGACAGCAUGCCUCUGAAUACUAGUUGCUGGAAACAGUAGGAGGGGAGAGUGCUGUUGCGCUCAGGUCCUGUUUGCGGGAUUCCCAUAGGCCUCUGGAUGGCCACUGUGAGAACAGGAGGCUGGACUAGAUGGCCUGCAUGGCCUGACCCAGCAGGGCUCUUAUGUUCAGAGCUGGCCCAAGAAAUGUUGCUGCCUUAGGCAGGGCAGCAAAUCACCCCUCCCCCCCAAGCGGAGGUGUAUAGCUCCCAAGGCCAGUCAAGUCAUUUGGGCACCCUGAGUCAGGAAAUCCCAGAAAUGUUCCUCCCCCUCCCUGACAGUAAAAUACAGUAACAAGGAGUUAAAUAAAAGGUUGCCGCCUUUUCAUGCCACCCAAAGGCAGCCAUUUCACUCUGCCUAAUGAUAGGGCCAGCCCUGCCCCCUCUACCUGGGAAUGUUGUUGGGUCCCCACUGUUGUUAUCCUCGUAUUCCUUGGGACCAGCUUGCUAAAGAUGAACGCAGUUGCAUUGCCUAAGUCUACAAAGUAAACUUGUAGCAGAGGUCUUCUUGGUUUGCAACUCCAGCUGUUAGCUAUGAGGCUACACACUGGGUAUUCUACCCCCAUCCCCUCAUUUGUUUUGCAGCAAAGAGGCAAACGCAUGGCACUGCUUCUCAGCAAGUUGUCACACGUUGACUAUGACAAUGUGGCUAUGCACAGCUGUACAUUAAAAAAAUAAUAGAGAAGCUAAGCGUGCAUCCCAGCUGACAACAGUCAGCAGCUCUUCAGGAUGAAGUGGGUUGCUUAUGAAUCCUGUGACCAAAGGGAGUUUUGCCGAUGAUUUUAUUUGGGACUUUAUAUCCAAAGUAUGUAUUAUUCUAUCAUUUGUGCCCAUCCCCCCAAUAACUAAUGGGGCACAGUGUAUCAAAAACUAAAGAAAGGUAUUUUUCUAAAAUUAAGGACCCCACAGCUUUUUUUUGUAAUUUCUGAAAAUGUUGAUUUUCUCCUGAAUAUUUUGUUAGUCAGAACACAAAAUAGGAACACUCCAGUAGAAGCUGGGUCAUGAUGCAUCACUCUCUCUGUUCUACUAGCCUGUAUCAUUGAACCCACACUUUAAAAUCAUUGCACUUGAAGCAAUAUGAAAGUUCUGUCGCUGCCUGUUUCGCCUAUGCAUAUCAUCAACUGGUGUGGCAUUUGUCAAGUGAAGAUAAUGCCUGGUGAAUCAACUUCUUAUUGGAAUCCAAGGAACUGAAGUGGAUUGUUCAAAAGCUGAAGGCUGCCACCUUAGGUGUACUUACCACAAUCUUUUGAGACUUGCGUUGAACUAAAUAGGGUGAGGCUUGGGCAAUGGGAUGUAGUCAUGAUUACUACUCGUGCUCAAAAUAAUUGGGUAACAUUUAAAAUGUUCUUGUGGCUCCUUGUAAAAUUAGACAGUGUUGUAUUUAUGUGCAGGCUUGUAAUUGAGAACCGACAGCUUUGGAAACCGAUCCACCUGUGGAAAUCCAUAUAGAAAACUGACAAAAGAGAAGGCUGGAUCCAGAGCGGUGCUCAGUGGAGUUCCAUUUGGACUGGAGGAAGGGAAUGGCAAUCCCUCCUUACCACUGAAAAGUUGCUCCAGAAACAGCAUGGGAGUGGUGCUGGUGAAGAGGAAUAAUCUGGAAGGAGGGGCAAGACUGGAUCCAACCCAUUGUCCCAAUUUAAUCUAGCGCUUUGUUUUUUCUGAGUUCAUACAGUGAAUGUUCAGAUCAGAUUCAGCCAUGAGAAAGACCCAGGGGAAUCAUGAGUUCUGUUUGCAUUUUUUUAAAAAAAGUUAUACACUACAACUUAUUUUGUCUACUUUUUUUACAUUUCUGCAUACUCUUGAAAAUAAAGUCUUAUGGUUACCAUCAUACUAUUUUGGAU